AUGGCUGAAACUCACUUCAUAUUGGGACAAGUAAAACAAGACAAGAAAUACACAUGCGAUACCUGCAAGAAAUCGUACAAAGUUAAAGGUACAUUGACACGUCACAUAGUAUAUGAGUGCAGCAAAAUUCCUCAAAACCAGUGCCCCGUAUGUCUUAGAAAGUAUAUUCGCCGAGACACUUUACUCCGUCACAUGAAAUUCGAGUGUACCGGAAAAUUGCGAUUCUUUUGUAACCACUGUGGCUACGGCACCGUACGCAAAUCUCAUAUGAUCCAUCAUCUGCAAACUCGACACGCUUUUGGCAAAGAUCUCAAAGAGAAGAUUAAAUUCACGAAAAAGGAUCGCUUGUUCAAUUGUGCAAAGUGUGGCAAUAAUUAUCUUCGUCGUGAAUCAUACCUUCGCCACACGAAAUUUGAAUGUGGCAAAGGUCCACAAUUCUUUUGUACAGAAUGCAAUUACUCGUGCAAACGAAGGGGUCACUUGACACAACAUGCCCAAGUUCGACAUAAUAUAGCUCUGUUCUUAAACGACACUUCAAGAAGCAAUCAACAGGAUCAGAAAGCGGUGCAUAAGUGUGCCAAAUGUCUGAAGAUAUUUACAACUAGAAAAGGAAUGAAUUAUCAUUUGAAGAACGUCAAAUGUAAGGAGUUAGCUUAUUCCUGUGCGCUGUGCGAUUUCAAUUCCAAGCAGAGUGAAUCAGAGUUGAACGAGCACAUGAAGACUGCUCACAAUAUGAGCGGGCCAAUUGAUGCAAAGAAGCCGGUGAUAGAUCUUAUUUGCAAGGCUUGUGAUAAAGUGUUCAAAACAAAAAAAGGCUACUUGUAUCAUGUGAAGAAUGUCUGCGGUCAACAGACGCAUGCGAGUUUUAGUUGUCCUCAGUGUGAUUUUACCGCAAAACUCAAAUCCGAUUUGGAAGAACACAUGGACACUCACGAGAAUGACGUUGUUGAUAAUAGUUGUGACAAGAGUAUCAUUGGUAAUCUAACAGAACUCUAUAAGUGUCCUACUUGCGAUCAGCGGCUUGCGAGUGAUAUGGAUUUGGAGAUUCACAAGACUAUGUGCGAAGAGGGUUCUGGUCGUGGUCAAGAAAUGGCGGUAGAACAACAUUUUCCUAUAGAUAAUUCUAGGAAUCAAACUAAUCAGGAAAUUUUGGUAUCAACGGAAAAAGUCAAGCCUGUGGAUGAAGCACAUAAUUGUGUCACAUGUGGUAAAAAAUUCGCGAAAACAGAAGAUUUUCAACAUCACACGUGCGAGAAAUUGUUCAUUUCGUCGUUGAGCCGCACCGAUUACCUAUCGAAACCCGAUUUGAGCUUGGAAAACAGUAUCACGGAAACUCUGAAGAAUGAGAAUCUCACGCCUGUUAAGAAGAUGAAAGUUAAGCGAAAAAAAAUCAAAAUGUUGAUGAAGAAAUCUGAAAGUCAGUGCCUGAUGUCUAGUGGUGUUAAUGCUGAUCGAGAAAACAAGGCGAGAUAUUACUGCCAGCAAUGUGACUUUUCUAGCAAAUCUAGAUCGCAUUAUCACAAGCACGUUACGCUCAAACAUAACAUUCGCAAUGUUUACGAACUUGAAAUUCGUUAAUUUAUUUAGUUGCAAUUAGCUUAAAAUUUACUUUGUUUCUUGUAAGUUCCUUCAAAUUGGAUCUAAAUAGGAUAAGUUUUCCUUUGUAUGCCUUGAGCUAACUUUUCAUUUCAUGUAAAUUUUUACGUUAUUUGUCAAACAAACUCAAUUUUUUGUAAUUUUGAACUUUACGUUUGUAAAAGUUUCUUCAUUCAGUGUUGUCGUUAUUUAAGCAUUAUUUAAACAUAUAAACUACUAUCUUAAGUUUACAAACCAUCG